AUGGGCAACCAGGCCGAGCAGCCGCAGCAGGACGGGUUUCCGCAGUUCGUUCGCCUUCCGUGCGAAAUUCAAGAUAUGAUCUUUGCAGAGGCAAUCCGACACCCGAAUAUCCACAUCGUCAAGGCCAGUCGCGUUCUCGUCCACGAUAACUACAACGCGAACUGGGGCUUGUCGUUUUCUCCGGUGCCCAGGCGUCAGGACAAGUCGGCGUAUCGCUGGGUCGCCGAUCUCGCCGCGGUAAGCCGGAGGGCACACGCCGCCGUCCUCCGUGCGACGCGCAGCAGCCAGGAUAAGCUGCCGUUUAAGACCGCUGGCGCCCGCUUCAACAGCGACGAGGACCUCGUCCUCGUCGAGUUUCCCACCUCGCGGUCUCCGACCCUCGGCUUCUUCCACCCCCUGGAUCAGCUUCCCGGCUGCAUUUUCGAUAGCCUUCGGCUGGGAAAACUGGCCUUGUUCGGCAUGGUCCAGAAGGUCGCGUUGAAGCACGCGUGGAGGCAUCCCACCGCCCAUGAGAGGAAUUGCAACUUCCGCUGCCGCGUCCACCAUCACUUCCAUCACACACACAACGCCUGGCGCAUGUGUCCGCGCGAAGUGUUCGGCUUUCUCAACUGCCUCCCAAAACUGCGCGAGGUCUACAUCAUCCUCGAACCGCACAGCAGCCGGGAUCAGCAACGGAUGCUCACGGUUUACAUCAAGAACUUCUACACCUGUGAGCCCCCCCUUCGACAUUCCCAGACACCGUUUCUCUCCGCUUCCCAGUUGCACGUCAUAACUAACGUCCCUGUGUCUCACGCCGAACAGUGCCGCCUACCUGCCCCGCCCGGCUCGCCCUCGCCGUGUUUCAUGCGUCUGAGGGCUCCUACAUCGAGCUGGACCCGUCGCUGUGCUACGAAUGGUACGAGGACGUGCAGAAUUUCCGGUCGUUCCUUCUGGACGACCAAGGCUCGGUGA